UGGGCUGAACGAUUUGUGUUUGCUGCAGGAAGGAAGAGAAACCGGCGCACUGCCAUCGGAAGGCACCCUUCCCCUCCCUCCUCGGUGGCCAAAGGGGUCCUCUUGCAGCCGCCCGGAUGGCGCUCCAGCUCUACCUCGACCUGGUCUCCCCGCCCUGCCGCGCAGUUUACAUCUUUGCCCAAAAAAACAACAUCCCCUUUGAUUUGAAGCCCGUGGACCUUAUGCAAGGGCAACAGAUGGGAGAGGACUUUGGCAAAGUGAACCUGUUGCAGAAAGUGCCUGCCAUGAAAGACGGGGAUUUUACUUUAGCGGAGAGCACUGCUAUCCUUUUGUACCUAACAAGAAAAUUCAAGACCCCAGACCACUGGUACCCUUCCGACCUGCACAAACGAGCCCGUGUGGAUGAGUACCUUUCUUGGCAGCACACGACGGUCCGCGUCCACGCCAGCAAAGUCUAUGCAGCCAAGGGUUUAGUGCCCCUCUUCCUGGGCCACCCCCUUCCGCCCGAAAAGCUGGACGAACGCAUCGGGGAUCUGAAUGGGGACCUGAAGCUCUUCGAAGCGAAGUUUCUCCAGGACCGGCCAUUCGUGACUGGCAAGGAAAUCUCCCUGGCCGAUUUGGUGGCCUUUGUGGAUCUCAUGCAGCCUUUUGCAGCCGGCUAUGACGCCUUUGAAGGCAGGCCCAAGAUGGCGGCUUGGCGUGGCCGGGUGGAGAAGGCUAUUGGGGAGGACCUCUUCCAGGAAUCACACAAGCAGCUCUUUAGCCACAAGAGCAGGCUAGCUGACCACAUCCCCCCAGAAGGGAAGGAGCAGAUGAAGCAACACAUCUUGAAGUAUGUGGAAUGAAGCCCAGGAGGGACCAACCGAUUGACCGACCGACCGACCGACCAACCAACCAACCAACCAACCAACCACUCUUAGGGUCUCUUGAAAUAAAUGCAGAAGGCAUGUUAG